AUGGCCAUGUCCACGUCCGAGUCUGCGAUUCCGCUUGAGCAGCAGGCGAGGCUGGUCGAGGAGUCCAAGCGUUCCGCCGCCUACCAGGCCGUCAAGGACCACCUGGUCGCCAGCUAUACGAGAAUUGGUAUCGGCUCCGGCAGCACUGUCGUGUAUGUUGUCGAGGCCAUCGCUGCACUCGGCCCCGGCGUGACUUCCAACAUGAAAUUCUAUCCCACCGGCGCGCAGUCCGAGGAACUUAUCGAAGCGGCCGGCCUGACUCUGCAGUUCAUCAAUAAGCUGCCUGCUGGCCAGCUGCUGGAUGUGGCCUUUGACGGGGCCGACGAGGUGGACGACGACCUCAACCUGAUCAAGGGCGGUGGCGCCUGUCUAUGGCAGGAGAAAAUCGUCGCCACUAGCGCCAAGAGGUUUGUCUGCGUCGCCGACUUCCGCAAGCUGUCCCCACGCCUGGGGACCAACUGGAAGAAGGGGAUCCCCAUCGAGGUCUUGCCCAUGGCUGCCCCGCGGGUCUUGGACGAGCUCAAGCAGAUGGGCUCUCACAACCCCCGCAUCCGCCCGGGGCUCCCCGGCAAGGCCGGCGCCAUCGUCACAGACAACGGCCUGUGGAUCAUCGACGCACCAUUCAUGCCGCUCCACCUGCUAAAGGACAGCAGCGAGAGCGGGAUUCAAGCUGGGAACGGAGACAAUGGCGUUUGGGCUGUGGACGCACUGGCGGACCGACUGAUCAAGAUCCCCGGAGUGGCCGAGAUCGGCCUGUUUUACGGCAAAAACGGUUUGCAGGUUGAAAGUGGCGGCCAGAAGCCGGUGGCCGCGUAUUUUGGCAUGGCGGAUGGUACUGUCGAGGUGAAAAGUGACAUCGGCUGA